AGAGGAACCUGAGGUGAGACAAGAAGACUGAGAUUUCUAUGCAUCUGUAAUCUGGGUUCUUUUUCCAGCAGGAUCAUGUCAAGAGGGAGAUCAGAAGUCGUCCAUGAGUGAGCUGUGCCUCAUCACCUGGUCACCGGCUGAACUUCGCCGUCCACCGCCAUCCUCUUGAUUUUCCUCUUUCAAACCAAUGCACCAUUUUGCGGAUCAUGGGAUGCAUCAAAUCCAAGUGCAACAAGCCCACGCAGAACUCCAGCACGGUGGAGAAGGUGGACGGCGGGCCUGGGAAGAAGCGAGAGGAGAAGGCUGUCCUGGUGUAUUCGGAAGCGGCACCGGACCGGAACACGUCGCAGGUCAACCCGGUCCUUCUGGACUACGCACAGAGACUCUCGGAGGAGAUCGUGGCUCGGGCCGUGCAGCAGUGGGCCGAGGUGGACAGCCGCUACAGUGACAUCCCAUACAUCGAGUGUGACUUGCCUUGAAGGCCACUACAUCUCGCGUGCUUUUCCCAAGGUCCAGAAGCACAGCUUGGCCUGAUGAAGGCCAGUGAUGUGAAUGCGGUGUUGCUGCACCAUGUGAAUGCAGAAGAAAUUUGGUGUUUGGAUACCUUUUGUAAGUGUAUAACGUUUGUGUGGGAAGGAGUACUGUGGCAGCAUCGAGGCUUUUCCGUCUGUAAAAGCACAAACGUACAAAAAGAAAGUGCUAGCAAAGCAUUAGUACGCCUCGGAAGGUUUUGAUUUUCCCCUUAAUCACUGAGACGUGUCAUAUCCAUAGCCUGAAUUUGUACAGGGCAAGCCAAGAGCAAUGUCCAGAGACCGAAAUGGCAUCGAUCCCAGAGAUGCUAUAAAUAAGCCCAGACCGUGAUCCCUGCGUUUGCUCGGAUCGACAUGCCCCCGCCCCCCCCAGUGUUCAUAUUGCUGUGGGAAGUUCGAAUGCCGUGUCGUGUCGGCAGUCUUAUAAGAUUACUUGUUAAACUGUACGAGAUCCCAACGAAAUGGCCGUAUUCUUUAACAGACCGCGUGAUAACGUGUCAAGAUUACGGCGUGACCGGCGGUUAAAUUAAAGUAAAUAAACGUUCUGCUUACGUCGUCAAUCGGACAUUUCUGAAAGUGAGCUUGAGGAUAUUUUUCUCUCCGCUAGCAUGGUUCGUUUGUGUUUCGUCAUCGCGACUAGCCCAGUUUGUUGUAGCCGUCCCGUACGUUUUUGUCGUGUCCUACGCCCGCAUGGAUUUCAGACGAGCGUCUCUGCAGUGCCUCGAUGGCAUUAAAUCCGUGAGCGCUUCAAAUCGUGCAUUCUAAGACCACCUCACAACCAAAGAAUUUGUUUUCUUUUAACGCGCUCCGCGAAGUGGAGCGAGUUUUUAAACACGGCUACAUGCCAAAUUUUGUCUAUAGGUCUUUUUUUUUGUGCUUGUUGAAGUUACUCGCCAGCCGGGCAACUACAAAAGCUAACAUCGCGGACGUUAAAUGUAUUCGUCCACUGAAAUAAAUCAUGUGUACUGUACACAUCGGUAGGCGCGUUUCCACCAACGUUCCGGAACCUCUCGGGGGGGGGGAAUUAAAAGAUUCCUGGACGAGUUCCUGCUUAGCAGUUUUAUUUUUAACAUGCUCUCCAAGUCCAUCGCGACCUUUCGGCAGCGUCCCGAUCCAGCCAUGAGAAUGCUUUCGAUUGGUUCUCCUUUUGUCAGAGAAGUUCUUAAAGGCUCUCACAAAAUAAUAUCUAAAAAAUAUGACCAUUUUUGGAAGAUAUUUUGCUAAAACGUCCCCUACAGUAUAUUUGGAGUCUUUUGAGACACCCUGUACAUGCGUCUAAUUUUAACCAAGUCAAACAUUUACUUUUAGAUUUGUGGGUGGGAGAAGGGGGCGGAGCUUCCAACGUGGCGUCGGUUAAUAUCGGAGCGUUCAAAACACCCACGCGACUGUCAAUCGUUCCAGAUUCUAAAUAUAAUUACAGCACUAUUUUAUUUCAUUUCCUCUAACUUUGCAUUAUUAAUGCUUAAUCGCUCGAUGCUACAUGUACCUAGUCAAAUUCUUAGAUUCGGUAACACGCUAGUUCAUACAUCGCAUCGUUCGCGUUCUCAUGAUUUUGCGUUUGCCUUCGGAUUACGAGGUACAAAAAUCGCAAACUACUAUCUAAACCCACCGUAAAAUGGGUUUCCUCAGAAAGUCCAGAGUUUCUGAAAUGGGUCCCUGUGGUGGAAGUGCACUUGUGGACAGAAUGAAAUUUUGAAAAUCCUGUAAAGCGCGUGUUCUGUACCGAUAUGACGUGAGAUAAUCGGCUCAUUAGGAUCGGAGGAGGCAAGUCUUUUUCAGUCAUGCAGCUCAAAAACAUACCAUCCUCACGUCAAAGAGGAAUUUAUGCCGGUUUUCAAAGAGCUACGUUUGACUGACGGAACUAGUCUGUAGGUACUGGAUAGUACUAACUAAACUGCUGACCACGUGAGACCUUUAACGAGCGGUAACAAGCACAAUCCGCCCUGUCGUGUGGGCAUUUAGACCACUGAUGUGAGCUCUACAAGCGUCUAACCAAAUCGUUUAACCGACGCCCCUUUAAACCCAGCGGUCUACAUCGACCUCGUGUUGCCACAGAAUUCUGGAGACGUUUCAAAAUGUUUAUACAGUGCGACACCUCGAUGGAAUCUAAUGGAAUAAUAAACGUGGAGAUGAAGCGUUAGCUUGUUUGGAUCAAGAGGAGAUCUUUGAGCAUCAGCAAAUCCAUUUCACACUGGAUAAUCUCCAGCUGCACUCACAUCCUUAACACCAUUUCUUAUAUUUAAUCCA